UGGCUACAGAUACACGCAUGCGCGAUUCACCAAAGUUAUUUCUCCUGCCGUAUUAGCGCUACGGCUGUGUCAUCUGUCGUCAAGAUUUUCCUCGUCUUUUGUCGAAUACUUAUAAUUAACAAAAAAAAAAUGUCAGCGUGGAGACAGGCAGGAUUGAAUUACAUCAAUUAUUCUCAGAUCGCAGCUAGGUUAGUCAGGCAAGCUUUGAAAGCUGACUUUAGGGCAGAGGCUGUUAAACGUGAUGAAGUCAAUGUGAGGUUUACUCAAUGGAAAGAUGGGAAACCUGUCACUGAAAAGAUGUGAUCGUAAUGAUCAAAAAAGAUGCCUAGAUGACAAUAUCACAGAUGGAUGCAAGAGCCAUCCAAUAUACAUUUAUAGCCAUAAGUAUGUAUGAGGAUCUCUGUCUCUGUAUAAAAUAAAAACAUUCUUCGCACUGUG